AUGGACUCUACCUCAUCCAAGAUUCAGCAGCUUCAGAAGGCGUUUGCUGAACUUGAAAGCCAGCGCGCCGUUACACUUAAUCUGAAGUGGAAGGAACUCGAGGAGCAUUUUCAUGGGCUUGAGAGGUCCUUGAAGAGAAGGUUUCACGAGCUUGAAGACCAAGAAAAAGAGUAUGAGACCAAAACAAGGAAAGCCCAAGAACUGUUGGAGAAAAAGAAGACAGCUGUCGAGGCCAAGGAGAAGGCAUCACUAGAAAGACUUCAGAAGAAGAGAGACUCGGCUAUGUUUGCUAUAAACACUGCUUUGGAUAAGUACAACAACGUCCCCAUCGGUACCACCUCUGUUGGUGAACGUUGGGCACACAAUUCUUCUCUAGGGGAUUCACCCAAUGCCUUUGCUGCUGAUGGUAUUACCGAUGAUAAUCCGGAUGGUACUGUGCAAGAUGUUCAGAUCUCACCUGUGAUGGGGAAUUUUGAGGUGAAGGCUUAUCCACAGCUUCUGAAACUGUGCGGUGAUAUGGACUCAGCAGGGCUGCAUAAGUUCGUAUCAGAUAACCGCAAGAACCUUGCAUCACUGAAGGAGGAGAUUCCUAUGGCGCUCAAGGCUGCAGCAAACCCAGCCAGCUUAGUGUUGGACUCUUUGGAAGGGUUUUACCCCAUGGAGGGACCAACCGCUGAUGGAAAGAAAGACGCUAACCUCUUGGGCAUGCGCAGGACCUGCAUCAUGUUGAUGGAAUGCCUUAGCAUACUGUUAUCUACUCUGGACCCAAACUCCCUUGCUUCUGUUCUCUCAGAAAAUGUUAAGCAUAGAGCAAAAACUAUUGCUCAAGGAUGGAAUCCACUGCUGGAAACUCUAGACAUGGAUGCUUGCAAUGGUAACUCUUUGGAGGCACAUGCAUUCCUGCAACUGCUGGCCACCUUUGCUAUUGUUUCGGACUUUAAAGAGGAUGAACUCUUGAAGCUGAUCCCCAUGGUUUCACGUCGCCGUCAGGCAGCUGAGCUGUGCCGUUCUCUUGGACUAUCUGAAAAAAUGCCUGGUUUGUUCUCUAAUUUUAAGGAUAUGGCUGAUUAUCUUACAUCUUAUGACAUUUUGAUGGGAAGGUUGACAUUUGGUGUGAUUGAAGUUCUCAUGAACAGUGGAAAACAGAUUGAUGCGGUUAACUUGGCAUUUGCAUUUGAACUCACCGAACAGUUCCCACCUGUCUCGAUACUGAAAUCUUACUUGACAGAGGCAAGAAGAUCUUCCUCCCAAGGCAGUCCGGGCAAUGCAUCUCCUGCUGAUGAGUUCAAUGAGCGGGAGCUUACAGGGCUUAAAUCUGUGAUAAAGUGCAUCGAAGAGCAUAACCUGGAAGAGCAGUAUCCAGCUGAGCCACUUCACAAGCGGAUUCUCCAGCUGGAGAAGGCCAAAGCAGAGAAAAAGAGAGCAACAGAACCCACAAAGCCUCAGCCAAAGCGACCACGUGGUGCUCAACAACCCCGAGUGACCGACAACAACAACAACAACAAGAUAGGAUAUGGUAGAGUCGUCCCUGAGAGGUAUCCACAGUAUGUGUAUGACAACAGACCAUUCCUUAGCGGUCCCAUCAUGGCAGCACAAGCUCCUCCGCCUCCUCCUCAGACUUACACUUUCAGUCCCGCCGCUGCUCACGGCAACUUCUACGGGAACUGCUAUCAGUACCAGGCUCCUCCUCCUCCUUACUUUCACUAG